AAAUCUUAUACAUUACACUACACUUAUCAGAACGACUUGCGAGUGCUAUUUCCGAUUGGUAUUCCUUUCGAAUUUUGUUUGACAGGAAGUGUACAUACUUGCCAUGGUUGCACAAAGGUGAAUAGAAUUCAGCUGAAGGAUGGACAGCGGGCAACAACUGUAAAACAUGCUAGACAACUGUAAACUUCCUGUGCACAAGAAAGAUGGCAGAUAGUCGUGUGUAUCCAGGCACGUCCGACAGCAUGGAUGUCGGAUAUUCAGCUGUAGGUUACAGGGGAGCUGCAGUUUCCUCUUUAACAAAUGAUGAGAUGGAAUCACAGAGGAACAGAAUGACCCUGGAAGAAGCUCGUUGGAUUGGGGUACGCAAGAAGGUUCCUGGAAUGUCUGGGAUACCAAAGAACCGUGGUCAGAGUGGAGCAACAUUAUAUGUGGAGGAAGUGGACCCUUAUCAGCAGAAAAUACAGGAAAUCAGAACAUUUGUUCGCACUUAUUUCCGACAGAAGGAAUGUGCAUCUUUUGUACCUAAGCCUGGACAGACAACUGGAGAAAAAGCUGUGAAGAAAAUCAGAGACCUCAAGUGUCACUGUGGGGAGGUGUUGAUGGAACAUGCUGACAUGCAAGGACCAUUUCCUGAUUUCUCUUCUGCUGAUAUGAGGCUUGAAUGCCUCGUGCCAAAAGAGCUGCAGAAAUUGAUGUCAAAAGAGAGACGUCAUGAUGCCCCUCCAGAGAAAAUCCCGGAGUUAACCUGGAAGAAGGACUUUAGAACUACGGCCUCAUAUGCAUUUGGAAAGAUAAAUUUUGAAAAUGUUGAGCAUUCUGGAGGCAAAAAACCUGCAAAGUAUAUUCGUAUGACUGAUGAAGAUUCCGUCAACAAUUUAAUUGAACUCAUGAAAGAACACUGGAAGAUCAUGGAACCUGAACGCCCAAAUUUGGUAAUAUCUGUUGUGGGUGGAGCCAAGAACUUCAAGUUGGAUGGCAGAAUGAGGGAUACAUUCUCAACUGGUUUAAUAAAGGCAGCAAAAACAACCUCAGCCUGGUUGAUAUCUUCUGGUUUCAACAUGGGUGUGAUGAAGGCAGUAGGUCAGGCUGUAAGGCAGGGUCAGUCAUUCUGCUGGGAUAAUGAUCGUAUGGUACAUGUUCUACGGUGUAUAGGUAUUGCACCCUGGGGAUAUGUGAAGAAUAGACGUGUCCUGGAAAGUGUUGAUGGACAGGGAAAGUUCAAUGCAGAUUAUCGGACUAGCAAUGUAAUUCUUCAUGACUCAGCUGUACCAUUAAAUCCAGACCACACCCAUUUUAUAUUUGUUGAUGAUGGGUACAGGAUACGGUAUGGAGGUGUAGCUGGCAUCAGGGCAAAACUGGAACAGAAAAUAUCACAACCGCAAGCUGAGGGAGGUCUUGGUAUACCAGUGGUACUUGUUGUUGUUGAGGGAGGUACAGACUGCAUCAGUGAUGCUAGAAAAUCUAUUGAACACAAGAUCCCCGUGGUGGUUUGUGCUGGUACUGGUAGGGCCGCUGAUAUCCUGGCCUAUGCAUAUACUCAUACCAAAACAAUCUCUGGAUAUUAUAUGGUUGGAAUUAACAAAAGAUCAGUGCAGAUAUGCUGUCAAAACUCAGAUCUGUUGACUGUAUUUCACAUGAACAAGCAUGAAGACCUAGAUCUCUCCAUUCUUUCUGUGUUAUUAAAAGCAAAGAAAGGUGCUGAUGAGGAGCAGAGAUUGAGUCAGUUGAAGUUGGCCCUGACCUGGGAUAGAGUGGAUAUUGCUCAGGAAGAGAUAUUCCGAGAGGAUGUCCUCUGGAGCACUGGCAGUUUGGAUGACAUCCUUACAGAAGCUUUACUCACAAACAAGGUGAAGUUUGUACUACUGAUUUUACAGCAAGGAGUGGUCAUGAAGGAAUACCUCACUGUACAAGUACUUGAGAAGUUAUAUGAUGAAGUGCCGAAGCAUAACUACUUGUACAAGGUCCUACAUCGAAUGACUGGGAAGGAACAGUUAAGUCUUGAGAAUGUAAGUCUAUUGAUUAAAAGGCUGCUGGAUAGAUACGACACGUUCGAGGAAACGCUGGAAGAAAUUGAUGCUGACAAGGCUGUUGUGAAAGAUACAAAGCUGAGAAGGUUUAAAAGACCAUACAAAAUGUUGCUGGUGUGGGCUUUAUUGAUGAAGAGACAAACUCUGGCAAAGUUGUUCUGGGAGCUAGGAGAAGAGCCAGUCACCAGUGCUCUAGCUGCCACUAGGAUAUACCAUGCCAUGGCGAAAAAUCUGCCCCGACACGAGUCACAUCUUAAAGAAAGUUUCAAUGAAUAUGAAAGAGAGUUUGAGAAACUGGCUACUGAGGUGCUGAAUGAAUGCCACCACAAGGACCCAGACAAGGCCAUGAUGAUUGCUGAGCGCAAGUCUCCGUGCUGGAAUGAGAUGACAUCACUCCAGGUGGCUGCUGCAGCAACGGAUCAAGUGUUUUUGUCAUCUGUCACCUGCUUCUCGUCGUUGAAUGUGAUCUGGAAACACGGAAUUCUCUUUUCAUGGCCAAAGAUGAUAUUUGCAAUGUUUUUUCCACCAUAUAUUGCGUUUGGGUUAGAGAUUUUGAGUUUGGGAGAGAGCAAGUUGUCAUGGUUACAGAAGAUGGGCAUAUUCUAUUCUUCACCUAUGGCAAAAUUUGCUUUUGGAAUGGUAAUGUACGCAGUAUUUCUUGUGCUACAUUCGUACAUGGUACUAGUGGAUUUUCAGCCUGAUCAUGUGACACCUCUAGAAAUAAUCAUGAUCAUUUGGGUGUUUUCUUUCUUUGUGGAUGAAGUUCACACUUUUAUAGCCUUCCCAUCCCCAACAAUGAAGUCAAAGAUUCGAGACUGGUACGGCUUUCUGAAGUGGCUGGACUUGGCAAACUUUAUCUUGGCAUUUACAGCUUUCAUUAUACACCUGUACCCACAACACUAUAAAGUGACAAAAGUGUUCUAUUGUAUCAACUCAAUCAUAUUUUUCCUGAGAAUUAUGAAGAUUUAUGUCACUAAUGGCCAACUUGGACCUAAAAUCUUCAUGAUUCAAAGAAUGUUGGAUGAGUUACGUAUGUUUGUUAUGGUACUGUUUGUGUUCCUGUUGGCAUAUGGUGUGGCAAGUCAGGGAUUGUUGUACGAUUUACGUACACCGUCCUGGGCUAUACUCAAGGACGUCGUCUAUUUCCCCUAUUGGCAGUUAUAUGGAGAAAUAUUUCUGGAGGAGAUAGACGGAGAAGAUUGUUCAGCGGGUAUGACAGAUUGUAAAACAGGACACUGGCUAAUCAAGUUUCUACUGGCAGCCUACCUUCUGGUUGGAAAUAUCCUUCUCCUCAAUCUACUUAUUGCUAUAUUCAGUCAUGUGUUCGACAAGGUCGAGAAGAACUCCAAUGAAAUCUGGAAGUACCAGAUGUAUUUCAUGGUGAUGGAGUAUGAAAAAAAGACAGCGCUGGUUCCCCCAUUAAGUCUCUUUGAACAUGUGUUCCUCAUUGUGUCAUGGAUAGUUAGGAAAACAUGCAGAAGGAAAGUUAAAGCAGCUCAGAAUUUUGGCAAACGACAUCUCGAAUACUUACAAUUGUUUGAGAAGGAGAUGAUGAUGAAUUAUCUACGUCAGCUGAAAGCGGAGGAAAUGUCUGGAAUUGAGAUGACCGUCAACAAACUGCAAAAACGGGUUGAUGAGUUAACAAAGUUGAUAGAAGAUGAGGUGAUAGCUGAUCAACAACCAAACCUAAAUGCUGCAACAUUCAUAAAUCCUCAAGAAUCUAUGGUUGCCAGGGAUCCCUGUCCUGGUACAGGACCUGUAGUUCAGGCAGGGGAGGAUAAAUCCAAGCUUGAAGAUAUUGAAGAGGAAGAAAUCAGGAAAAAGAAGAAAAAGAAACAUAAGAAAGAAAAGAAGAGGAAAGAUAGAGAGGUGGAAGACAUGGACAAAGAAGUAAAAGAUCAUCUUAACAAGGAAAAUAAUUAUGAACAGAAGUUGAGUAAUAUAACACUACCACCAAAUAUACAAGGCGAUGGUGAAAAACCGGAACCAGCAGAAAAACUUUUCCAUAAAUCUUCUGAACAUGGACUUAUGCCUGCAUUCUUAUUACCAGAAGACUCAAGUACGGACAAUAUGCCAAGUCCACUUCCCUCUCGUAGAGGUUUGGGCGCAAGGGAAGAAAUAGGUGCUCAGCAGUUGGGCUCACACAAAUCAAAUGCUAGUUUACAGUGGAGCCCGAGAAGGAGUUUUAAUGUGCGUGAUACGUCUGAUGAUGAAAAUAUUGUGAAGCCACAUAAAGGAUUAAAAAAGAGAUUAACUAAGGAGAUAAGGUAUAUCUCUUCGGACAGCGAAAAUGACCUCGAAGGAGACUUGGGCAGAUUUUCAUCAAAGUUGAAAAAACAGAAGAAAAAGAAGAGGUCACAAGUAAAUAGUGACACAGAAUAAUGAUAGACUGGUACUACAGCAACUUGUAAAGGAUCCACGUUUAUAAAACUGAGGUUGGAGACCUGUCACACAAUACAGCUUUGCCAUUGGUCAAUUUCAAAAUGCUACUCAGAAACAACCAAUGAGAUUCUGGAGUUUUGAGGUCGGUCUCCAGUUUUAACUUUGGGCUGUGGAAUUGUUAAAGUUUGUUUGUCCUGCUUGAAUUUUUUACAAUCGUUUAAGCAAAGUUUUUAAAUCAUGUUUAGUUUUACCAUAGGCGUAGUACUAGAGAUCAAAAUACUUACACUAAUACCACAGUCCAUCCUGUGAUGUAGUGUAACACAUAUUGGUACUGGUAUGUACACUAGCAAAAUUAUUCUAAUAUUAUCUGCAAUGUUAAAUACUGAUAAUUAUGAUCAAAGAGUUUAAAGUUAUUUUUUCAGUAUAUAAGCUCACGAAAUCAUCUGCCUCAGUAUAUGUCAAUAUUUUUUAUUUUUAAAAACAAACAUCAGUUUUAAUUUCUGAAACAUUUUUCAUUUUGUUCUCAUUUGUUACCUCCCUUGCACUGUAAACUGAUAUGAUAUGUAAGAAAAUGUAAAACUGUCUUUCUUAUAUUCUUAAUGUUAUUAUUGUUUAAAUCAUUUAAAAUCUAUGGUAAUUUUCAAAACAGGCAAGUGUGUGUGUAUAUUUUAGACAGAAUAUAAUGCAGAAAUUAUCUUACUAUAAAUGACCUGCUAGUCAUAAUCGUAAACAAUUGCUAAGCAGUAGAACAUAGACAAUAUUUUGUGUUCCUGUUAAAACUUUGCCAGGAUUCUAGUAUAAACAUAUACAUCUGACAACUAUAGUUAAGUUUAUGUGCUGCUGAGGAAACUUUAAAUGUAACAAAUGUAACUUUAUUUGAUAACUCUUUGUCAGUUGUAUUUAAAUAUAAUGUCCUUUGAAAUCAAUUAAUUUCAUAGGCAUUCAGUUUUAAUGUUUUGGCAAGAAUGGCAAAUUUUUGGAGCAUAUAGAUUUGCUCUUGUCUGUCCAUCUGAAGUUCGUGACGUGCCUAGCUCAAAAAGUAUUUGACAUAAAUUGAUGAAACCUUGCAUGCAUCUUUAUCAUGAUAUGAACUUGCGCACCUCCUAUUUUUCGUCUGGCUCCACUCCCUAUUUUUAGAGUUAUGGCCCCUGAAAUAGUCAAAAAUGCACAUUUUCACCUUGUGACACGCUUAGCUCAAAAAGUAUUUGAUAUAAAUUCAUGAAACCUUGCAUGAGUCUUAAUCAUGAUAUGAACUUGUGCACCGCCUAUUUUUCAUCUGGGUUCGCCCCCUAUUUCCAGAGUUAUGGCCCCUGAAAUAGUCAAAAAUGCACAUUUUCACCUGGUGACGCGCCUAGCUCAAAAAGUAUUUAAUAUAAAUUUAUUAAACCUUGCAUGAGUCUUUAUCAUGAUAUGAACUUGCGCACCUCCUAUUUUUCAUCUGGGUCCGCCCCCUAUAUCCAGAGUUAUGGCCCCUGAAAUAGUCAAAAAUGCACAUUUUCACCUAGUGAUGCGCAUAACUCAAAAAGUAUUACAUAUAAAUUGAUUAAACCUUGCAUGAGUCUUUAUCAUGAUAUGAACUUGCGACCUCCUAUUUUGUUACUGCCUCCGCCCCCUAUUUUCAGUUAUGGCCCCUAAAAUAGUCAGAAAUGCACAUUUUCACCUUGUGAUGCACCUAGCUCAAAAAGUAUAUGAUAUAAAUGAAUGAAAACUUACAUGAGUCUUUAUCAUGAUAUGAACUGGCACACAUCUUAUUUAUUUGCUAGCUUCUCCCCCUAUUUUUAAAUUUUUAUUUGCACACUUGGCAUUCUUCUUGAGAAUCUUAGCGUUUAUUACAGAGUUAUGGCCCUUUAAAUAGCCAAAAUAGUUGAUUUUUUGUUUGUGAUGCUCAUAGCUCAAAAAGUAUAUGGUAUAGAAUAAUGAAUCCUUUUCAUAAAUUUUUUUUGAGGCUGUACCCCAUUAAGAUUCCCCUUAUUUGUGACAGAUGUACCAGUGGGGGGCACACCCUGUGUCCUACAGACACAUUCUAGUUGGGAAUUUUAUUUGUGGCAAUAAAAUUUUUGCGAAUUUACCUACAAAAUCAGUGAAAGAUAGUCGCCUCCCUAGAAUGUUAAUGAAUUCAAAAAAGUAAGGACAAACAAAGGUCAGGAAGUUAGGAACUUUUAGACUUGUUUAAAACAGCAGUGAAGCAUAUUUUUGUGACUCAAUAUUUGAUAUGGAGGAAAUUUAGAAUAAACCUGUAGAUAUUUUUUUUAGUUUUUUGUCAUUGUAUCUUUCGAAGCAGUAGAAUAUACAUGUAUAACUUAAAGGUAAUAUGGUAGAGUUUCAGGCUGUGUUAGGUUAUUAGGCCUACCAAAUAAAUUCUGCCAAAAACGGACCAUGUGACUCUUUUAUUAUAUGUAAUAAUAAAACUCAAAGGAAAGAUUAAAUUGACUAUUUACUUCCAUAAACAUAAAUGACUUCACAGUGUUUCAAAGACUCACAACAAUAUGGUGGUCAUGUCUAGUUUUCUUUUCAGAAGCAAAAUAUUACAAAAUUUAAUUACCUUUUUUAAUAAAAAAAAAUGUAGAGAACAAAAAAAACAUGCAAGUCCCAGUGUUCCAGUUCUACAUAAAAAAAUAAUACCAUAUCUACUAAGACUUCAACAUCUUUAAAUAUGUUAAUCAGCAGAUUGACAACGUAUUAGGCUAGUAGACGUAAUAAUGGCAUAAUUAUGUUAUAGCUGUGACUCCAGUAGUUUUUAAUAAUUAAGAAGAUUACUGUUAUUAAUUUGAAUAAAAUAUUUCUUCUAUAGAUAAUCUGUUUUAGAUGGAGCAAACACAAGUUUUGUGAAAUAUCUGUGAUAUUUUUAUGUUUUUUAUAGGAAUUUUAUUAUUUUGUAAAUUUUUGUAUUUUACUAAUAUGACUGAUGUACGAGUAUUUCUUAAUAGAAAUAUGAAAUUGAUACAUUUAAAACAUUCUCAAAAUUUACAUGCAUAAACAAACUAUCAUAAUUAAAUCUGUUCAUAGUUAAAUGUAUUUUGAAACAUUUUUUACAGUCAAACAUUCCGUUUUAAUGCCUGAUGAAAAAGUCUCAGAUGAUUUGUAAAUUGUAUUUUUUAUGUACCUUGACAUGUAUAGUUUCAUAGAAUUGUAUAAUCAAGGAUUUUUUUUCAUUUCAUGUUCCUUAUUUGACAACAGCUGUUGUUUCUGGGUUGUGAAACAUUAACAAAGUAUAGCUUAACCAUUACCUUGCUAAAAUUCUGUAAUGAAAUAGCCCAUCUUUCAAUUUGGAUAUUACCAUUAACUGUUAAAAGGCGUGAUUACCAAAAAGAUCCUGGCUGAAUGGCGAACACUACAGAUCUUGAUCACUCUGCAUGGGUGUGCAGGCUGAUCAUGAUCUACACUGGUCGCAAAGGCAGAAUCAAUCCUGUCCAGCAUGAUAAGGGAUAGGUGACCAUUGAAUAUAUUUAUAUUUAUUUUUGUAGUAUAUUCACUUAAUGUUAUACACACUCAAGAAUUAGAGAAAAUUUGCAUUCAAAAAACAUCUUGUUCCCCUCAUUUAGUCAUCCCACUGUAUAAAAUAUAUUUCUGAAAGACUGAAGGUCUGUGAAUUUUCAGGACUGGUCCUGAUUUUAGGCUUUUUAGUGCCAGAAUUUCCCUUUAUAACUUUUGAAAAAGGAUAUUUCAAGCUUGAGAAUGUAAUUUUCAGACAGCGUGACCCCUGUAGCCGAGAGGUUAAGGUCACUGACUUAAAAUGGGAUAACAUAAUAGCAUUAAGUUUUAUAGGAAUGAUGUUCAUAUGUAUUGUAACUAAGAAAUAAUAAAAAACCGAAUUGUAACUGACAUUUUUCUUGCAAAAGUACAUGUACCUAUCACUCUAAUUUGGUUGAUGUGAGAUUUAGCGAGAUUUAAUGAGAUUUCACUUUUAUUCCUCGUAAGAGUUUCAGAUCUUGUAUGUUUUAUAGAUGUUUGAUUGUAACAAAGUUUAUUAACUGAUUUCUCAAUGCUAUUGACCAUUAAAGGAAAUUGCUGCUGACUCAUUUAUGUUCCAGUUGAUAUUAUUCAAUGGCAGUUGAUAUAUUGAUGUGUUAUGUCCAUCCAUGAGUAUUUUCAUUGUAUAUAACUACACUGUGUAUCUGUCUUGUUUUGAUAAAUGAUUUACACUGUUGCCAUGCUGUAAUUUUUCUUUUUGAAACAUGUGCAGGUCAGAUCUUUUAUACUGUGUCUGAUUUUUUUGACCGAUAAUUUUUACCACUAGGAGAUUUUCAUGGUUUGUUAUUCAUGUUGGGUUGAAACUUGAUGUCUCAUAUUCAUACUAACCAUUUUAAGGAUACCUAGAAGUUAUAUAAUGUUAUUCAUCAAAUGGUUUCAUAUUGGCCUUGUUAUUGGUCUGAGAGUGGUCUGAAUGCUUCAGUGCUAAUAGCUAAGGACCAAUACUGGUAUGACUGCCAAAUGACACAUCAUAAUAAGGCUGAAAUGAAUUCACUUGAUUAACAACAAUGUUCUAUUAUUCAACUCUAUACUGGCACCCACAAGUUAAUCAAUCAGAAUAGUAUUAAAUCAGGUAUUGGAUUUUUUUAUGCCCCCGAAGGGAGGCAUAUUAGUUUUCAACUGUCCAUCCGUUUGUUCGUUCGUUCGUUCAUUAGGUUAACUUUUUGCAUGAAGGCACUUUACUCGCGAACCACUGCACCCAGGACCUUCAAACUUCACAUGCUGAUAGUACUUAUUGAGUACACCACCCCUACUGACUUUGGGGUCACCAGGUCAAAGGUCAAGGUCACAGGGGCCAACGUUAACUUUUCGCAUGAAGGCACUUUACUCGCGAACCACUUCACCCAGGACCUUCAAACUUCACUUGCUGAUAGUACUUAUUGAGUGCACCACCCCUACUGACUUUGGGUCACCAAGUCAAAGGUCAAGGUCACAGGGGCCAACGUUAACUUUUUGCAUGAAGGCACUUUACUUGCGAACCACUGCACCCAGGACCUUCAAACUUCACAUGCUGAUAGUACUUAUUGAGUACACCACCCCUACUGACUGGGGUCACCAGGUCAAAGGUCAAGGUCACAGAGGCCAAUGUUAACGUUUUGCAUGAAGGCACUUUACUCGCGAACCACUGCACCCAGGACCUUCAAACUUCACAUGCUGAUAGUACUUAUUGAGUACACAACCCCUACUGACUUUGGGGUCACAGGGGCCAACUUUAACUUUUUUGCAUGAAGGCACUUUACUCGCGAACCACUGCACCCAGGACCUUCAAACUUCACAUGCUGAUAGUACUUAUUGAGUACACCACUCCUACUGACUUUGGGGUCACCAGGUCAAAGGUCAAGGUCACAGGGGCCAACGUUAAUUUUUUGCAUGAAGGCACUUUUCUUGUGAACCACUUCACCCAAGACCUUCAAUCUUUACAUGCUGAUAGUACUUUAUAAGUACACCAACCCUACUGACGUUGGGGUCACCAGGUCAAAGGUCAAGGUCACAGGGGCCAAUGUUAACUUUUUGCAUGAAGGCACUUUACAUGCAAACCACUUCAUUCAGGACCUUCAAACUUCACAUGCUGAUAGUACUUAUUGAGUUCACCACCCCUACUGACUUUGGGGUCACCAGGUCAAAGGUCAUGGUGCUGUGGGGGCAUUUGUCACCAUUAGUGACAGCUCUUGUUUUCAUAUUGGCCCAGAUUUUUUCAAAUUGGCCCUGAUUUACUCAGAUAAGUUUGGUAUUUGCUCAUUCAGUUGCAUGUUAUAUACACAAUUGAUCUAAUAUUGUGUCUUGUAUUGCAUAGUGUAAGAAUAAAAGUAUGUACAAUUCAUAUAUGAUAUGUUGAUACAGCUGGUAGUUAAAAUCUAGCCAAGCAUUGGUUGAUUAUUCAUCUUUAGAACUUUUCAUUUAAAUAUGUGUAUUAUACAACCUUUAAGAAGCCGGAACUCAGCUGUUUUUUUUUAUUCAUCUCCUAUGUGAAUUGAGAACUCUCUGGCCUGCAGCAAGCGUUGGUCAAUAUCGCCAUUAUUUUGAAGAGUUUUAGAUCAGACUGACCUUGACACUGACCAUUGCCAAAAGUAAAUAAUUUGAGAAAGCUAAGAUGUGCAGAGAUCAAACGUUGAAGAUUUUUUUUUUCUAACCAGAGCCCCUAUUGAUGAUGUCAGUAGGUUUAAAGGUCAAGGUCACAGUAACAGAUUAUAGUUUUUAGCUAAACUAUUCAUAGAAUAGUAGAGCUAUUGGACUCGCCCAUGCGUCGGCGUCCGCGUCCCGAUUUGGUUAAUUUUUUGUAUGUAAGCCGGUAUCUCAGCAACCACUUGUGGGAAUGGAUUGAAACUUCACACACUUAUUAACUGUGAUAAACUGACUUAUAUUGCACAGGUUCGAUAACUCUAUUUUGCUUUUUUACAAAAUUAUGCCCCUUUUUCCACAUAGAAAUUUUUGGUUAAGUUUUUGUAUGUAAGCUUGUAUCUCAGUAUCCACUAAUUGGAAAGGAUUGAAACUUCACACACUUGUUCACUGUCAUGAUAUAUGACAUGCAGUGCAAAGGGUCAAUAACUAAACUUAGCAUUUUACAAAAUUACCAGUACGCCCCUUUUUCAACUUGGAAGUUUUUGGUUAAAUUCUUAUAUGUAAGCUGGUAUCUCAGUACCCACUUAUGGAAUGGAUUGAAACUUCACACACUUGUUCUCUGUCAUGAGCUGAUAAGCACUAUGCAGGUUCUAUAACCCUGUUUUGCUUUUUUUACUAAAUUAUGCCCCUAUUUCGACUUCCUUAUUCAUUCAAUCAACAAGGCUGUUGAAUAGUCGAGCGUUGCUGUCCUCCGACAGCUCUUGUUAAGUAACCCUUGAGAUUGAAAUUUCUAUGGUCUUGCAAGUUUGCUGUACUUUCAAUCAGGGAUUAUGGAAAGGGACAUUUGAUUAGUAUAUAUCCACUUUCAAAUUGAUUGUCAGUCUUGGGAGUGUUUAUUUUUUCUAAACAUUUGAUGGGCCUUUAUAAGUUGCAAGUAAUUUUCUUGCCUAAAAAUGGAAUAUCGAGUUUUAUUUUAUGCUUUUCGGUGGUUUAUCGAAAUAUAACGGUGAAUUAUAUCCUGAUAAACUCACUGGCAACUCAGUGGAAAUUAUCAAAUCUGAUACCCGGAUUAACGUCAAAAAGUUUACCAAGCGUACUGAAAGCCGGAAACAAUAUGACGAAGACGUCGUUAAAAUGACGUCAUCUUUGCGAUGCUUCCUGAUAAAAUUUCCCGCAAAUUUCGACAUUUUAUUGAAAUAAACACAACAAAAGUAGAGUUUUAGACAUAAAAUAAACAGAAAAAUUGUUGGUAUCGAUGUAAUAUCACGGUAAUUUCACUCGUGAACACCAAAAGUUGUUAUUUUCACUCGUGGCUGUGCCACUCAUGAAAAUAUCACUUUUGGUGCCCACUCGGUGAAAUUAUAACGUGAUAUUACACCGAAACCAACAAUUAUCCUCUAUGUAAUAAAAAACAUUCCUAGCAAAAAGAGUAUUUCCCACUAUAAACAUUGAUUAUUUAAAACAAAACAGAAUUCAAGCCACAGGAUUGUCAAUAAUUUAUUCUAAAUUAAAUUAAAUCAACAGGAUAUCCUUUUUUAUUGAAUACAUAGUUAACAAUAUUUGUAUAGAAGUAAGUAGCAGCAUUUAUAAGACCACCAAGAAUACACAAAGCUUUGUUAUUUUCUUUUUAUUUUACAUUUAUUUGUUGCAUUUUGUCUAUUUAUUUUCUACUGUGAUAUAAUAUAUGAAUCUAGUUUUUGAUGAUUAUUGUAUGAGACAUGUCCGUCCAUUUCAUUCCUAGGAAUAUUAAAAUAGAUAUAACAAAUGCAAUGUUGUUGUUCUUGUUCCUUUUCUUCAACCACAUCUGGCAAUUGUCAAUCAUUCUAUAAGAUUGAACAAUUAACUGGAAAAGUUUAAACAUCGUGACCCAUAUAUACAGUUGAUACUUGGUAUCUCAAAUUCCAAGAAAUUGAGUGUUUUACUUAAGAUAAUUGAAAUUUGACUUCAGAUGAUAUUUUAUGUAUAUGUUUUUGAAACAGGACUUAAAAAUGUCUUUGAGAUAGCCGGAAUUUUGAAACAAGAGAGUUCUAGAUAAUGAGUCUCAGCUGUAGUAACAAAUAACACUGAGAAGAGUAAAAGGUCCUUGCUAAAUACAGGUUAAUGCUAUUGGCUGGUUAAUAUAGCAAGAUGCAUUUCAUAGUUAAGGAUAAAGUGAAAAAUCUUUGUUUUUAGGCACCGCUUACAAUAUUCAUUAUUUCAUUGUUAUAUUUCCUCAUCUUUUGUCUAGUUGAAAAACAUACUUGUUCUCCCACAAAUUUAUUACUGGUAUAAGAUCAACACUAAUGGAAGACUAACAUUUAUGCAAUGUCUGCUUAACGCUCCACUUUAGAGGCACAUGCUAUUCUGACUUGUACCGAGCAGGGUUGUUUGUUUUUUGUAUUCUCUUGACCAUACACCUGUGCAUUUGAUUCCAGUGUUUUUUUUUGUCUUUGACCAAUAUCAAUUACACUUAUGAAAUCCUGACCUUUUGUGUGCCAUAUUUUUGUGUUGUUUUGCGACAGUAAUAACAGUCAUGUGAUAUCCUGACCUAUUGUGUGCAGUGUUUUUGUAUUAUCUUGAAACCAUAAUUACACAAUCAUUUGCAGUCCAGACCUGAUUUGUUCAGUGUUAUUGUGUUGCAUUGUGACCAUUAUUACACAUGUGCUAUCCUAUUCUAGUGUAUACAGUUUUUUGUGCUAUCCCUGGUCCAUAUUCAUAGAAUAUCCUGACCUAUUGCAGUUUUGUGUUGUCUCUAAACUAUAUUAAUGUGAUACCCUGACCUAUUGUGUGCAGUGUUCUGCGUAUCCGUGUACAUGUGAUAUCUACAUUUAUUUUAUAUACUUCCUUCUACACCAUAAACAUGACUGUAUACUUGAAUCCAAACCAGAUUCAUGCAGGUCAUAACGUACGAAAACUGCAGAUCAAAAGCUAGAUCUGAGCAAAGUCUCAGAACAAAGCUUUGUCAUUGGUCAGUUUCACGCAUGAGCUCAUAAUCAACCAAUCAUAAUGCUCUAAUUUUGGGACUAGUAUCUAUCCUAAGUUAUAUACUACACAACAGUAAUUUAAAAAGCAAAUCCGUUUUUCAAAUUGAUAAUCUUGUUGAUGAACAUUCCAUUAAUUUUGGAGCCCUAACUUCAACUGAAUUUGAAAAUAGAUAUACAAAAAUAUAUAAAUCGAGAUCAUACUUUUUUUCAGAUCUGUAAAAUUCAAAAUGUUCAUGCAUAAAAGUAAUAAAUAAACAAAAGGUCGAUUGUAUCUCGAUGACUCACGAUUUUACAGUAAUAAAACCUUUAAUAUACGAAAAUAAAAAGAAAUUACACUUAAGAAAAUAUGUUUUAUUUUAUUAAAGAAGGAAAUUUUCAGCAUUCUAUUGCGUUUUCAAAAUAUGUUAUCUUCCUCAGACCAAAUGUACUAUUUUCUAAUUUCUAUGUCAUGUUGCAUCGAAACCCGCAUUUACUGUGAUGAUGUAUAUUACAUUAAAUGAGAUUAUUAAAUAUGUUACUAUACAGUCAACCCUAUGUGAAAUACCAUCUGUGUACAGAGACUACUUGUGAACAGUGACCAACUGUGAACAGAAACUGCUUAUGGACAGUGACCGACUGUGAACAGAAACUGCAUACAGACAGUGACCAACUAUGAACAGAGAAUGCUUAUGGACAGUGACCAACUGUGAACAGAGACUACUUGUGAACAGAGACAAUCUGUGAACAGUGACCACCUGUGAACAGAGACUGCUUAUGAACAGUGACCAACUGUGAACAGAGAUCACAUGUUAACAUUGAUUACUUAUGAAAAUAUACCAUCUGUGAACAGGGACCAUCUGUUAACAGAGACCAUCUGUGAACAGCGACAACCUGUUCAUGUGAACAUAAAUCGCUUAUGAACAGAGACCAUCUGUGAUCAGGGACCACCUGUAAACAAAGACCUCGUGUGAACAGGUCAUCGCUGGCUCCAUACACCUGAACUUCCCUAACCGUUUUUGUUUAUUUUAAACAUUUUCAGUAUUUUGAACCACCUAAACCCAAACCACCCUCUGUCUUUCACUAACAUGGUUUUCACCUUCAGGUUUGACUGUGUACAUAUAUGCGCUACUAAUGCGCGUAACAGGUAAUACAUGUAGUCCU